GCCAUAACUAGAGCUACAGCUACUGCUGCCCCUGUUACAUCUGCUCCUGUGAAUGCCGCUACGUCCUCUGUCAAUAAUACUUCGACCGCUCGGCUUUCCUCCCGCCACACCACGGCGAGCCAGACUGCCCACGCGGGAGCGCUCGUCCAGCUAGCAGCAGCAGCAGCACCACCACCACCACCACCAGCGCGUCAGCAAUUGGCGGAACCGAUAUCCGCCUCUACCAAUGACGCUAGAGCACCAUUGCAGCACAGACGGGAGGUAGUGGCGGCGGACGGGGCCAUGGCGAGGCUCUCAACAAGCGCGAGCUCAAACCGGCCGUCACUGGUCACAACGAAACAGCAGCUGCUGCUGACGCCAGCAUCUACCACGGGAAUUGGGCCGCUACAACGGGCAUACUCGGCUUCUCUCGCUCACGAGUCGCCCUCUACUGCUACCCGUUUUGCAAAGAAAUCUCCGGCCCCUUCAUUCCGCUCACGAGAAACUCCAUCUGAUAACAUCGACAUCGACGGUCCCUUUUCGGACGCCAUCGACCUAACCGAGGCCGACAACAACGAGGCUUCGAGCUCAGUUCUGGCCUUCGGGGACGACGUGACUGUUUGGCGCGACGACUAUGCUGAGCGACCGGAACCCCUCCCGCCAAAGCGGGGCAAGAAGAGGAAAAGCGAGGAGAUCGCAAAUACUCCAUCUAUCUCUGACGACGGCGACGAAGAUUUCCCGGAUAUUUGCGACUUGAUCGAAUCUGAACCACAAUCAUCCACCGGACCGUCAUUUUCUUCCCAGAACAGUAGAGCUCAGACUGCCCCGCCGCGAAAGGCUGCAGUACCUGGCUCUGCCCUUAAAGAGCGCACUGAAGCCUGCACAUCCAGCCGACUAUUGGCCACCAAACGUCUAGGCAGUGUCCCGCCCAUCGCUGUGCCAGCGACAGGCGCAUCUUGUCAUAGAUCUGCCCGAUCGCCGUCCCGCCAAAGUCCAGGUUCUGAUUUUUCAGCGUCUACACGUAAGCGAAAGUCGCUGUCAUCACCCAGUCGGCUUGGUAAUGCUUUUCAAGCCCAAUCGAAUAACUUGGAUGAGCCAAUCAAGACGAAAAAAAAGCCUAGACGAAGUGAAAUUGUCGCGGAUUCCGAGGACGAGAAUAGGUUUAUCACGCCGCUGACGCACAGAUCUACGGCACGCUCUCGAAUGAAUCCUGAUGAAGACGAGAUGUAUGAAGCUGCCCUUAUGGAAGCAGAGCUUGAUGAUCCGCGUCUUGUGAUCGAUACACCUUCAAUGUCACAGCCUGCUGCGACCCUAUCGACCACCAUCCGGGGAGCGAGCCAGCAUUCUCUGCCAGAUGACAAAGGCGAGGAGCAAGCUGCGGCCCUGACACCGAAAUCCCAACUGCCUUCGGGGGGCAGAGCUUCUCACGAACUUCAGAACCCCUCCAGCUCCGACGCCGAGCGAAAAAAGAACGUAUUAGGCUUAUUCUUGUCCAAACCGUCGGUAGUGGAAGCAAAGCUACUGCAUAUCAGCGACCAAGUUAAGAGGAACCAGGAAGAGUUCGUGGCAUGUCUUCGCGAUAAUGUUUCGAAAGAGGAACGAGAGCGGGUGCGAAGUGAGCGUAAUCCACUUCUACAGAAGCAAAAGGCCUUGAAAGAUGUCUUAUCGGAGCAGCAUACUCUCAAGGACCUGACAAAGGAGCGGGAGACGCUACUUGCCGACCUCGGUCGGGCAUAUGCAGAAGGUCUCGACACGGAGGAAGACGAAGUGCGACUUGAGAACCUGUCCAGCGAAGUUCAAGCCAAAGAGAAGCAAUUGAUAAGCAAGCUCAUUGCUGGCGGGGUUGAGGAUCUCGAUUUUCUCAAGGACCCCAAUGACCACAUGGUGGUCCCCGACUCUCCAGAGCCUGUUGUUAUGGCAACUCAACCCUCACGCAAGUCUGGACCCCCAAGUUUGUCAACUCGAGAAAGCACCCUUAUCCCCGGAUACAACUCCCAGGUUAUUCUGCAGACGCAGGCGCCGCAUGCGGACUGCCACUCAUCACGCAAAUCCGAGCGGAUAGACACAAUGCAACCGCCUUCCGCACCUUUCGUGCGGGACAACUGGUCUACAGCUUGGAAGCCCCAGAGCUAUGGUAGCUCACGACAUGUGCCUAAUAAUUCCUUCGCGAAUUCUGGAGGGGAAGUUCUCUUCGAUGACGACGAGAUGUUUUCGGAGCUAGACAAUCCUGCGAUGCCGCCGCUGCGACGAAAGAGUCUAGUCAAGGUGGCAAGGAUGGCUGUUCCUGACUACUUUGGCGAUGACAAUGACGACGCCGAUAUGCUCGCCGCUGCGGAGAACUUCGAGAGACAGCGAUCAACUUCUGUUUCUGCGACUGAUAAACGUCGAGCACGGUCGGUAUUAUCUGAGGCAUCGGGGAAUUCCGGCCGCGCAAUUAAACCUAGACCGGCGGCAAAGAGAGUCACAUCUUCGCAGCGGAAAGCUUCCAUACCGCCCGAGCUCAUGAAAUUUGCAUGGUCUGCAGAUGUUCGCCGUGCUCUAAAGGACCGCUUCAGGAUGUCAGGCUUCCGAACAAACCAGCUCGAGGCCAUCAACGCAACGCUUGAAGGCAAAGAUGCCUUCGUUCUCAUGCCCACAGGAGGCGGGAAGUCCCUCUGCUAUCAACUUCCAGCCGUGAUUACCAGUGGCAAAACUCACGGCGUCAGCAUAGUCAUAUCGCCUCUUCUGAGUCUCAUGCACGACCAAGUUAAUCAUCUAGAGGCCCUCAAUGUCAUGGCCAAGGAAUUUAACGGAGAGAUCGGUGCAGAAAAACGUCGGCAUAUUCUCGAUACUUUCGCCUCAAAGGAUGAUCCCGAAAUGGUUAUCCAGCUCCUCUACGUAACGCCCGAAAUGAUGAACAAGAGUCAGCCUUUCAUUGACGCGCUAAAGAUGCUAUAUCAGAAGAAAAAGCUGGCUCGUAUCAUCAUCGACGAAGCUCACUGCCUGAGCCAAUGGGGUCACGAUUUCCGCCCGGAUUACAAGGCCCUGGGCAAAGUCCGUCGUCAGUUUCCAGGCGUCCCGGUGAUGGCCCUGACAGCAACAGCCACCAAGAGCGUCAUUCUCGACGUCAAGCAUAAUCUCGGCAUGAAUGACUGCCAGGUCUUCUCGCAGAGCUUCAACCGGCCCAACAUAUUCUACGAAGUCAGGUUGAAGGAGACGAAUAUCAUAGAUCGUAUUGGUGAGAUGAUCAACGAUAAGUAUGACGGGCAGACGGGCAUUGUAUAUACUCUCUCACGUCGGUCGGCCGAAUCUAUCGCGGACAAACUCAGAGAGAAGCAUGGCAUCAAGGCACACCACUACCACGCAUCAAUCCCCUCAAGCCAGAAAUCUCAGGUCCAGAAAGACUGGCAGUCAGGCAAAAUUAAAGUAGUGGUUGCCACUAUUGCCUUUGGAAUGGGCAUCGACAAGCCGGACGUGCGCUUCGUUAUCCAUUCACACAUGCCUAAGAGUCUCGAGGGCUACUACCAGGAAACUGGACGGGCAGGCCGAGACGGGAAAAAUUCCGACUGCUACCUCUUUUUCACCUACGGAGACAUUCAGAACCUUCGGAGAAUGAUCGACAAAGGUGAAGGGUAUCAGGCGCAGAAGGAAAGGCAAUUCGACAUGCUCAACCGUGUUGUAGCGUUCUGCGAGAAUCAACAUGCAUGCCGGCGAGUCGAGAUAUUGCAGUACUUUGGCGAAUCAUUCAACCCUGCCAAUUGCAACGGCGCCUGCGACAACUGUCGGAGCGGCAGAAUUAAUAUAUCUGCCGAGUUACAGGACUACACCGAAAUCGCCGUGGCGGCAUUGAAGAUAGUCCGGUCCAAGGGGCCCCUAACGCUGGGUAAACUGGUCGAGAUCAUGACGGGAAAGCGCGUCAAAGAGAAUAACUCAAUCGAACAUUUUGGGAUUGCCAAAAAGAUGAAGUCUCACGAAGUACAGCGGAUCAUCCUGACGCUCGUCUCUCUAGGGGCUUUGGGUGAAGAAAACAGAGUGAAUUCGAGGGUCAACAUCUCUAAUACCUAUUAUAACAUUGGCCCCAAGGCGUGGGACUACCUUAGAGGCAAGCAGAAGUUCAAGAUCGCAGUACCAAAUAGUGACGGAUCGAGCUGGCUUAGGGUGCGGGCUCGGGCGGAUCUUUUGGGCAGCUCAGAACCUUCGGGCUUUGCUGGGCUCGCACGAUCGCAGAGGCCGCCUCCGUCCACAAACGUCUCGUCGCCCCUUCCUGCUGCCUCCAAGAAACGCAAAAUCAAACCCAGCGUACCGGCUGUCUCGGCAAUUGACGAGCAUGAAAGCGACAUGGAGACCAGAGGCAAUGGGCCGAAUAUCAACGGGUUUGAGAAGGACGAGUUUUCAGACAUUGACGAGGAUGCCUUCGAGCCGGUGCCUGCCCAUCGCCGCCUUGGCGCUCAGCGACAACCGACGCUGGAUGAGCUUGGACCUCCCAUAUCUCGAGAUUCGCGCCUUGAAGGGGCCAGCCUUGAUGAGAUCCACAAGGAAUGCAUUCGGUCUUUCGUGGAACACGCCACAGAAUUGGAGGAAGACCUUCGCAAUAAAAACAACAUCCGCAGGGCCAUCUUUACAGAGCAGCAAUACCGCGAAAUGGCGAUUCGCUGGACGACAACAGUUGGGAAAAUGUACACCAUCCGCGGCAUGGAUAGAGCAAAGGUCGAUAGGUUCGGCGCCAAGUUUGCCAGCCUGGUGAAACAAUUUCAUACCCAAUAUCUAGCGAUGAUGGCGAACAACACAAAUGCACCCACCGUAACACGCACCGUUUCGGGGAACCACGAUGUCGUCGACCUCAUCACAGACGAAGAAGAUAGCUCGGGUGAUGAAGACGGAGGAGAGGACCUCGAGCUCUCUAGAUAUUUUGGCGACACUGUUACGGCAGUAAUGUCGACACCGGCGGUUGUCACUUCAUAUGGCCAAACAGAAGAGUCUCGCCGGUGGAACGAGGAGUUUAACUCACUUAGCACACAACCGUCUAGGGCAGCCUUCACAGUGGGCAGCACCAAAGCUUCCGGCUCCGGGUGGAAGAUGUCAAAUAAGCCGUCCAAGAAAGUGUACAAGCGCAAAGGGGGGGAAGGCUAUACCCGGGCUCCGUCUGUGGUCGGCGUUUCGAAGCGCAAGGCAUCGGGAUCCAAACGGUCUUCGAGCAUUGGUGGAGGUGGCCCGGCAAGGGGCAGACCAGCAUCUGGAAAGGCUGGCACUAGGAGAUCCUCCGCGGGCAGCAGCGGUAUCUCUAUGAUGCCUAUCUAGAUGAAAUGGGAAGAAAGGAGAGGAUGAAUGACGAUUGUUAAAAGCCCGGUACUCUCUUGCUUUGCUUGCGUGUGUGAUUGGCAACAACGCGAGUUUUUGUCAUUCAUCACGGCCUGAAGCAAGAAAUUGGAGAACUCAUUGAUACGCCCCUCCCCCCAAAACUCAACGCGCAUCGUCUGGGUGGGGGGGCAACUGUGUCCGGGGAACGGACUUUGAUUUAGCGACUUGUUUAGCAUAGCCCAGGCAUGUAGGCGCGAUGCGUGUUAUAUGCAUGCCUAUGACGGCAUGAAAUGGGGAUUUAAUUUUACUCACGGAUUUUAUGAAC